AUGCGAUCCUGGCUUCGGAAAUUACAAUUUUGUUUCAUCGCAAAUACUGGGAUUUUUUGUUGUUUUUUCCGUAUAUUUUAUAUAUAUAUAUAUAUUCAUAUCUUUCUAUUUAUCUAUAUUCAUAUCUAUCUAUCGAUCUAUCUUUCUCUGUUAAUAUCUAUCUAUCGAUCUAUCUGUCUCUCUGUCUGUCUGUCUAUCUAUGUAUCUGUCUAUCUAUCUAUAUAUCUGUCUAUCUAUCUAUCUAUCUAUCUAUCUAUAACUAUUCAUAUCAAUUUCUCAAUAUAUAUAUAUCUUUCUAUUUAUCUAUAUUUAUAUCUAUCGAUCUAUCUAUUUUUCUCUGUUAAUAUCUAUCUAUCUAUCUAUCUAUCUAUCAUCUUGCAUAGGGAUAAAGGUAGGGUGCCUCCUCACAAUCUAUCUAUCUAUCUAUCUAUCUAUCUAUCUAUCUAUCUAUCUAUCUAUCUAUCAUAUUGCACAAGGGAUAAAUAUCUAUCUAUCGAUCUAGCUAUUUUUCUCUGGAUAAAGGUUGGGUGCCUCCUUACAAUCUAUCUAUCUAUCUAUCUAUCUAUCUAUCUAUCUAUCUAUCUAUCAUAUUGCACAAGGGAUAAAUAUCUAUCUAUCGAUCUAGCUAUUUUUCUCUUAGGGUGCCGCCUCACAAUCUAUCUAUCUAUCUAUCUAUCUAUCUAUCUAUCUAUCUAUCUAUCAUAUUGGACAAGGUAUAAAUGUCUACUUGAUUGA